CCUCUGCGGAGCCCUGAGCAGCUCACGGCUUUUGUCUGAGGUCCAUAGUGCUGUGCCGGCCAAGCGUCCCCUGAGUCUCCGGGGAGAGGAAUGGAUUCUGCCAUGGAAGCCUUCAGCUCCCCAGUCUUGAGGAUGACGCAUCUGCCCCAAACCCUGACCCUUCACCUGAUGCGAUUCUCCAUUCGGAACUCACAGACGGAGAAAGUCUGCCACUUGCUGCACUUCCCUCAGCGCUUGGAUCUCAGUCAGGUUCUUCUGGCUGAGCAUCAAGACUUCACUGAGGACGCAGAGCAGCGUGAAGCACAGUAUGAACUCUUCGCUGUGAUAGCCCACGUAGGGAUGGCAGACGUC